AUGAAGCAAGAAACAGAGGGUAUGGUUAGCAAGGUUCUGUAUCAUAAACUAGCAAAUAAUGCAUUAGAAGCGUUGUCUGAGAGGCUUGAUGACGAGUUCAUUGAUGCAGAGCAGGAUUAUAAGGAUGGGAAUCUCCAAGUAAAGAUACAAGACAUUGGAGAAUACGUGUUCAACAAGCAGCCAUACACAAUGCAGAUAUGGGCCUCAUCUCCAGUAACAGGCCCAAGAAAGUUUGAUAUUAACAGAGAUGGAUGGACAGAUUCAAGAAGCGGAGUAUCUCUGCAGUCAUAUAUUGACAGGGAGUUGGAACAAAUCAAGAUGAAGCAGAAACGCACUUCUAAUGGUCAAUAA